CAAAGAGAAACAACUUCUCACUCGCAAAAAAAGAAAAAGAGAAACAACUUCUUUUAAUUGCUCAUCAACCAUGCCCUUCGUCUCUCUCCUGAUGCUACCGCUCACCCAGCUGUCGAUCAGACGGCUACGGUUUAGCCUUUCCCCCCUCUCUCUUUAGCUAAAGAAUUAGCAGCGGGGGCACGGACAGGCAGACAGAUUGAUGCCAUUGUUCGAUUCUCCUUCCUUUCUCCUUCCCUCUCCUCUGCCUUUUUCUGGCCGUCUUUUCCAUCCCCCGCAUCUGUUCUUACAGCUUUACUCUCUCAACAACAUUCCUCGCCUCGUGGGCUAUCUGCUCCGUUCUUAUACUAGUGCAAGUGCCAUUGCUGCGCAGGGGAUUUGUUACUCGUCUUCUCCGUGAUCCGUAGCCAUCUCUGCCUCUCUCUCUGUCUCCUCAUUCGUUCUUGUGUUCUUCUCGUGAGGAAAUAAGCCUGGGUUCUUUUCGACGGCGCCUGGACAAUAGUGGGCAGCUGGAGAAAGCCGGCCACGCCAGCGCCUUUCUUGGUUUCCUCAUGGGCAGCUCACCCUGCUCUGUUGUACCAACUCCAGGUUCUUGCUGAGCGGAGUGACGCCUGGGCGGCCAUGGAGAGGGCCUGGAGAUCAGGGGUGCUCUCGGAGACGGCGUCCUGCGCCGACACGCCGAGGUCCGGCCACUCGUCCUGCAAUCUCCAACAUCGCUAUUCACAGGGUAUGCUCAAGACAGACGAAGGUGCAGUCGACAUAUCACCACGAUUCUCUUACUGCAAGCCUACCACCAAUCGAGACAUGAUGCUCCACAGACGACAUUCACUUAACAUGCCGGAGCAUUUGCCAAGUCAUUACUCCAGGAAAACAAUGGAAAGGACUAAAAAAUCUACUUCAAUGUCCGUUGCAGAUUUAGCGGGGGAGAUUGCAGCCCUCGAGCAGGAAGUCAUACGCAAGGAACUACAUCUGCUCUCCCUCUACAGAAGAGCAUUUGACCAGUAUCUAUCUGAUUCUUCCAGUGUUGCGAGUAUGAGCGAGCAGGUGGAUCAAGAAACGCCAAAAACCAUCGAUGAGGGCGCGCUCCGUUUGAGAGAUAUCAAACAGUCUGCAGCCUUCAACUUGCCAACUGUUUCAGAUUCUAAAAGUGAGGUAUCAAGACCAGCUUUGAGGCAUUCGAGCCUGGUCAACUUCUUGAGUGCUUCUAUUUCUGACUAUGUACCUAAGAUUUCUUGCAAACUAUCGGAAGACAUUCUAAGCUGCAUUGCUGCUGUCUACUGCAAACUUGCAAGCACACUGUCGCAAGAUGCAGAAUCUGUGGCUUCACCAAGUCCUUCUGUUUCAUCUUCAAGUACCUUUUCUCCAAGGCGUCGUAAUGAUAGCUGGAGUCCUCGGUACAACUUUGAUACCGCCACAAGCCCUCACCAAUAUGGAUACCAAAAGGAUAACAAUGAAAAAAACAGAGACAUGAUAAUUGUUCCAAGGAUACGUAUAGAUGCUGACAAGUUUAACUAUGCCUCAAAAAUGCUCGAGAAUAUCAGGUCCCUGAUACAGCGGCUCGAAAAAAUUGACCCAACAAAGAUGACGCAUGACGAGCAGCUGUGCUUUUGGAUUAACAUCCACAAUGCUUUAGUCAUGCAUGCUUUUCUGGCCUAUGGGUUACAUGACAAACGCAUGAAGAGCACCGACAUGAUUCUCAAGGCUGCGUACAAUGUGGGUGGCCAAUCAAUAAAUGCUCAAAUUAUUCAGAACUCAAUUCUUGGAUGUCAAUCCCAUCGUCCAUCAUUGUGGGUUCGGACACUAUUCACGCCAGCAAAAAGAUCCACAACAGGGUCGACGACAAGACACCCUUAUGCCCUUCACCAUUCAGAGCCGAUCGUGCACUUUGCACUCUCGACAGGAGCAUUUUCAGACCCACCUGUGCGGCUGUACACGGCCAAGAAGAUACACCACCAGCUGGAGCGAGCCCGGACCGAGUUCAUCCAGGCCAACGUCGCCGUGAGGAAGCAGGCCCUCCAGCUGCCCAAGGUGCUCCACUACUACGCCAAGGACACCGUGCUGGAGCUGCGCCACCUGGUGGAGCUGGUGUCCGAGAGCACGUCAGAGGCCCAGCAGAAGGAGAUGGUCCAGCUCCAGCACCGGCUCAGGAGAAGGAUCGACAAGUGCGUGGAGUGGCUGCCCUACAAGUCCAACUUCAGAUACGUUGUACAUAGGGAUUUGGCCGAAUAGGGGACCGGCCAGUUUUUGGUUUUCCUUUUUGAUUUGUUUUGUUGUUAAGGUGUAAGUAAUUAGCAGGUUUUAGAUAAACCUAACAAAUGGGUGGUGUGUAAUUGAGCGAGUUGUGUGUGUAAGUAACUACAGGUGAAGUGUGAAUUGUUAAUGGUUUUGGUUAGAUAGUGCGAGCCAGAAGGUUUGCUGGUGCUCUGAACUGUGAAACCUUCUCCUUUCCUGUCA